CCCGGUGUGUAAGCGACCCAAACACCGGCCGUGGAAUCCCAACUUUGUCAUCUUCCUUAUCAAGAAACGUAUUAUAAAACAACUCAUUGAUAACGACACUUGAUUUGACCGGGAUAGAAAGCUGAGGGAAAUCUUAGACCGUGAAAAUGUUCCUGAGAUUUGGAAUUAGGAAAUGUGUAUCGCCUGUAAUCAGGAAAACAACGCUAAGGACGAGGGCUAAAAGCACACCCUUUCCGCGACUUGUAACGGGGUCUGUAGUCAAGGCGGCAAAAACAAGCAUCCCAAGCGCUGUCGUGUUUGGAGUCCUUGGAAGUGGUUUCUAUGUUGGAAACGUCUUUGCAAAGGAGAACACUGUGGAGACUCUCCUGGCUGAGGCAGAUGAGUUGUAUGAUGCAAUGAAGUAUGAGGACAUUUAUGUUCUUCUGAGUGCACACAAGGAAGUGAAACAUGAUGAAAUUCUUUGGAGACUGGGAAGGGCCACAUAUGAAAAAGCAAAGGCAGCUAAGACAGAUGAUGAAAAGAAAGUGCUUUACAGAGAAGCUUUGGAUUAUGUAGAAGAAGCUUUGGCUAUCAACAGUGAAAACUUUGCUGUCCACAAGUGGAUGUCCAUUCUCAUUGACUAUGUGUAUGGAUAUGAUGGAACGAAAGCCAGGAUAUCACAGUCGUACAAUGUUAAAAAUCACAUGGAGAAAGCCUGUCAGUUGAACCCUACUGAUGGAACCUCUAGAUAUCUCCUAGGAUAUUGGUACUACAGUAUAGCUAGCAUCCCAUGGUACCAGAGGAAGAUCGCUUCUGUUGUAUUUGCUACACCUCCCUCUGGAACAUACGAAGAUGCGCUGGAACAGUUCUUACAUGCAGAGAAACUGGAACCCAACUUUUACAGUAAAAACUUGUUGAUGAUUGGUAAAUGCUACCAGAUACUAGGGAAAAAUGAAGAGGCAAAGCAAUACUUGACUCGUGCCAUGAAUUAUCCAGGGAAAACUCUUGAUGAUAAAGAAGCCAUGGAUGAAGCAACUCAACUUUUAAAGGGAUUUUAAUGUGAUAUCUUGUGUAAUUAGUCAUCAUGAUGAAUUAUAAUGUACUUUAGUAUCAAUAGCUUGCCUUGUAGUUUAAAUAUUCUAUUUUUUGGUAAAGGAACACUAGUUUAGCUGAAAUGCAUGUAGUAUUUGAAAUCAUUACCAUGACAGUCAUAUUUGUUUAUAUGUUAAUGAUAAAUAUUUUUGUAUAUUUGUUCAUUUAUAAAAAUUAUCUCUAUGAAUGGAGACUACUGAUAUUGAAAGAUUUAUAUACCACUUAUAUCAUAAUCUCCAGUCUC